CUUUACCAAUAUUUGACCAGCUUUCUACGCUUGAAAGAAACGCAAGUCGAUUAACAAUUUUUUAAAAAAGGAGAAAAGAUGCUGAAACUCUGCCUAACACUUUCGGUCGCUUUUGUGCUACAAGGCAGUCGCGCUUGUGAGGAGCAACUACCAAUAUUCAGAAAAUUCAUCCCAGAUAACUGGAAUUAUGGGAAAUCCUUUUACUAUCAACCGAAUUUGGUUGUUCCAGAACAUGCCGGUCGAUACGAGUGGCAGACUCCACUAAACAAUCACGGAUCGCCCUUCGUAAACCCGUUUCUGGAAUAUUAUUACAACGGAGAGAGAAACCGAAAUCGAUUUGCCAAUAUCUACGGCGUGAAUUCGUAUGAAGAAGAGAGUCUAGAGGGACGUGCAAAAAAGCCGUUAUCCAGCAGCAUCAAUUCUCUUCAGAAAUAUUUUGUCAACAAGAAUGUGGUAGACGAAGAGGAGGUAAACCAAGCGGAAAGCGAAAGCCGCUUCAUUUCAGGCAACGGAAUAUUCAAUGAUCAAUUGAGGCCAGGAAACAAGCUCGGGUUUCUUUUCAAUCUGGCCAACCGGAUUCCAUUUUCAAUAAUUCCUAAUUCUGGACGCCCAUUCGAUGCCUGCACGACGCAGAAUGGAGACACCGGAAUCUGCACUUCAGGUUUCGUUUGCUCACUGUUCGGUGGUCGACCUAGCGGUUCCUGCUUCUUAGGGAACAUUUGUUGCGUCAAUACGGUAAAUCAGUGCGGUGGUACGGUCACACUUAACAAUACAUAUUGGCAAUCGCCAACUGUUGCGAUAAAAUCUCCUACCAUAUGCGCACUGAAUAUCAAACUGGACACCAACUAUGUGGAACAGCUAGGGAAACCCAUUUGCCAAAUCCGAUUGGAUUUCGUUUCGUUCUCCAUCGCCCAGCCGUCAGGCGGAACUUGCACCGACAGUUUUCAAGUUGGUGGGGCAACUACCGUGGCUCCCAUUAUCUGCGGUGACAACAGUGGGCAGCACAUGUACCUGGAUGUCCCAUCGUCAGACGUUACAUCCACCGAUGUUCAGCUGAUGUUUAGUUUUGCCACUGGAACCGCUGCUCCAAGUUCACGUUCAUGGAAUAUCAAAAUUGCUCUACUGCCCUGCGGCGCGGACUAUCUUGCACCAGUCGACUGCCUCCAGUACUUCACGGCUCCCACAGGAAGAGUCAGCUCGUUUAAUUGGAGAGAUGUCCCAGUUAGUGCUAUUCGCCAACUCAACAAUCAGAAUUACAACAUUUGUUUCAGGACUGAACUUGUCGACCGCCAGAAAGCAACCCAAAUCUGUUUAUCAGUUUGCGCGACGUCCAACGCUGGGGCCGGCUAUUCAAUAACCACCAAUGCCGUAAACGCCGGUAACUCUUUGCUAGGAGUUGGUAAUAGUGCUAACGGUUAUUGCACUUACGACUUUCUUGCUAUCGUUGGAGCAACUGAUCUCUCAACCGGCCUUGUGGGAGACCGUUUCUGUGGAGAGAAAUUGAGUACAGCACGGGCACCGGGUGUGGCGGUCAACGGUCAACUGUGCACCAAGAUUAUGCCAUUCAAACUUAUCUACGGAACCGAUGGUACCGAAGCGGAAGUGGGUGCUCCGGCAUUGGUGUCAACGCCUGCUGACACCAAUAACGUCGGAUUCUGUCUUGAUUACCAAGAAAGAGCUAACUGAGUUGAUGGGGGGAAACUUAUUUCUGCAAAUUAAUGUUAACAAAAAUUGAGUAAUAUUUAGAGACCAACAAUAAUUCCCCAGAAAAAAUUUUUAGCUUUUAGUAUGACUGUUAUUGGUUGGCUGGUUUUGUGUAAACGCCGUAAGAUGACUGAAUAAAUAUUAUGAGUUUAUGACCCAA